GCCAAACCUCAUCUCCAAGGUCCAGAGCUACUAUAUUUCCACUCAAGCGAACUUGCAGUGUAAUUGAUGCUUCACGAGCAGAGUAUUUUGUGAGGGAAGAUCCUCUGGGCCAGAAAAUUUUAUGUAAUAGCAUACACACUUCAACCAAAAUGCAACAAUCUGUUCUCAAGCAAAGUGGCUCAGGAUUGACCCAGAUACGAAAGGAAGAAGAAUGGGCAGGCAAAGGGGUGCUUUUCAUGAAUGAUGAUAAAGUGUCUGAGCUACCACCAUCUCCAAAUUGCCCUUCACUGAUUGUGUUGUAUUUGCAAGGGAAUUAUGAGCUGACAGCUAUUCCUCCCUUAUUCUUCCAGCGCAUGGCCUUUCUCCAAGUAUUAGAUUUGUCCCACACUAGCAUCAAAUGUUUGCCAAAGUCUCUUCCCAAGUUGGUUGCACUUAAAAAACUCUUGUUACGGCGUUGUCAACUCUUCAUGGAGCUAUCACCUCAGGUUGCGAAACUCAGUAAUCUUGAGGAGCUUGAUCUUGAUGAAACUCAGAUCAUGGAUCUGCCUAAAGAAACUGGAAAGCUACUCAAGUUAAGACGUUUGAGAGUAUCAUUUUAUCAAAUCUGUGGCAAAAAGAAGUCGAAAUAUUCAAACGUUGUGAUUCACCCUGAGACAAUAUCAAAUCUCUCCCAACUUACUGAAUUAAGCAUUGAUGUGAACCCGACAGACAAGAGAUGGGAUGAUUCUGUGGGAGCAGUUGUGAAGGAAGUAUGCAACUCAGAAACAUUGACGACUCUUAGCUUGUACCUGCCGAAAUUCCAACUUUUAGAUAGUAUAUCAUCGUUAUAUCCUUCAUUGUCAGGCUUUAGAUUUAUUGUUGGCCAUCAUAAAAGGAGGAUCAUAUCUCGUGUACCUCAUGAAGUUGAAGCAGAAUACAGAAACUGGGACAAAUGCUUGAAGUUUGUGAAUGGUGAAAACAUCCCAAUUGAAAUAAAAGGGGUUCUAAAAUAUUCUACUUCAUUUUUCUUGGACCACCAUGGAACCGCUAUGAAUCUAUCUGAAUUUGGGACUGAGAAUAUGAAGAGGCUAAAAUUUUGCUUGUUGGUAGACUGUAAUAAGAUGGAAACCAUUAUUGAUGGCGAAAGGCAUUAUGAAGGAAAUGAAGAUGAUCCAUCGGAAUCUGACCCAAGUCCUGUGGAAAAUGUGCUUGAGUCGCUGGAAUAUUUGAACAUUUAUUACAUGGAGAAUUUAGGGAGUAUCUGGAGAGGACCAAAUUGCUAUGGAUGUAUGUCUAAGCUAAAAUUCCUAGCACUGCAUACAUGCCCCCUGCUGAUUAAUAUUUUCUCUCAUACUUUGCUUGGAAAUUUUGUCAACUUGGAAGAGUUUAUUCUUGAGGACUGCCCUCUAGUCACCAGCCUGGUAAGCCAUGCAUCUGUUAAGCCAAUGAUGUCAGAUAAAUUUCUCCCAAGUUUGAAAAGAUUGCUGCUUCUUUACCUUCCUGAACUGGUCAGCAUUUCUAACGGACUACUAAUUGCACCAAAAUUAGAAACCAUAGGCUUUUAUAAUUGUCCAAAGCUUAAAAGCAUAUCAAAAAUGGAAUUGUCAAGCAAAACUUUGAAGAUAAUCAAAGCAGAACUUCAGUGGUGGGAAGAUAUGAAGUGGAAUGAAGCAGAGUGGGGAAACCGGCCAGAUUAUCUAAUGCGUAUCUUUUCCCCUAUCGACAAAGAGAAAGAUGUGAUGACCCAAUUGGCAGAAGAUAGAGAUCUAUUUGAAGUCACAAUGCAAAAUGAAGGCCAACAACUAGGCAAUUGCGGUUCAUCACCGUCAGAUUACACGGAGGAGAGAAUAACUGAAACAGAUGUGACAAAGUCAACUUCUUCGGUAUGCAUGCUUCCAUCCACUCCAUGGACCGAGGCACCAAAACAAGCAUGGAACUUUUCAUCAGAUGAGAACAAGAGGGUAGAAGAUGAUUAUUUGGACCUGGCUUCAGAAACCAGUGAAGUAGACGAUGAUGAAGAUGAACCUAAGGCCAAAAGAUGGAACUGUACUGAGAAUGAAAACAAGGGUGUCAUAGGUUUUGCAAGCGAAAUCGCGAGAAGGGAUAGAACUGAAUUUCGAAUAAAAAGCAACGUUGAUAAAGUUGAUGAUGGUUAUAAAUGGAGGAAUUAUGGGACGAAGACAAUCAAGGGAAAUCCCCACCGAAGCAACCACUACAAAUGUUCGACAUCGGGUUGUCCAAUGAGGAAAAGGGUCGUCCGAGACUCCCAAGAUACGAGCUUUUUGGUCGUCACCUACGAAGGGAUACAUAACCAUGAGGGCCCUUCUGUCAAGGUGUUGAAUAACGUGGAAGAUGCAGCUGAGGCAGCUAAGACUAUCAGCCCUACAAAAGGUUACGCAGAUGCAUUGGAAGCAUCAAUACAAGAUAAAGGUCUACAUCCUGGUAUUCCUGAAGCUUCAGGACCAGAUGAAUCCCAACAAUCAGCGGUUACGAUGGCGGAGAAUUCAGACAAUCCAUCGGCAAGGACUUUGAAACAGCCGCGUUCAGUGUGGACGGUGGAACUUCACAGGAGAUUCGUUGAUGUGGUUGACCAUUUGGGGAUCCAAAAUGCGGUUCCCAAAAGGAUCAUGCAGUUAAUGAAUGUCGAAGGCUUGACCCGCGAAAACGUUGCCAGUCAUUUGCAAAAAUAUCGGCUUUACCUUAGAAGAAUGCGAGGGUUAAGCAACGAAGGCCCAUCGUCUUGGAUCAGCUGGUUUGCACCAGUGCUGGUGCAGCGGAGUCUUCAUGAGAGUGGAAGCGGAGGUGGCGAAGGAAGUGGCGUUGGUGGUGGUAGUGCGAAUGGGAAUGGCAUAUGGGGAUGGCUAUACCAAUGCCUAAUGGGGCACUGAUGAUGUCGGUGCCCAUGCCAAUGUAUGGAAACAACCAGCAAGGUACAAGCAUCGGUCGGGAAGAGAAUAAUUCCGCUGACGUCUGUCACUUGUCCCAACCAAGCCCCUCUACUAUUUCAACAACGAUGUCUCAACUUUCAGCAAACACACUUCCAACUGCGCGAUUACAAGCGCAGAGUUUUGAAGAAGUUGCCAAACAGAGUCAAAGCAAGGGUAAUUUACAAGCAAAUUAUGGCAAUUACUGCAAACAAUACUCUCAUUUAGUUAAGAGCAGAAAAUCAGAUGAUGCAUAUACUUGGAGGUGUUAUGGGAUAGGAAAUAGAAGACGGAGUUUUUACAAGUGUGCACACCCCGGUUGCCCAGCUACGAAGUCAGUUGAUAGGUCAUUAGAUGGACAGAUAAUCGAGAUUAUUCAUAAAGCUCGGCAUAACCAUCCUGAGUCACAGCUUACCAGAACUUCAUCAUUAUCUGCCUUUUCUCAAAUAAUUCGGGCUUCCAAUCAUCUUACCAUCAAAAUCCCAGAACAGUCCUAUGUCACGUAUGAGGGGGUACCAAUGGAUCCCGAAGCAGCAUCAGUUGUUUUAUUGAGAUCAGUACUGGAUAAAGAGGUUGGUCAUUCUUUUGUUAGACGUGAAUCCUUGGAGAAGCUCUUACAACGGCGAAAAGAACGGACAGUUAAAACAAAUUCCAGCAACAUAUAUAAAGUUGCACAUAAGACUCACAAAGAGUACUGGUCAUAAAUUUGGAUGUCUGUACUUUUGCAUGAUCUAACUAAGAUCUCAAUAUUUUCAGGAAACGUUCAAAAACAAGUGUUCUCAGAUUCUCAACUGAAACCACCAAUUUCAGGGAGAUGGUACAAAGAUACACUGAAGUGCCUAAAACCACCGAUUUCAGGGAGAUGGUACCAAGAUACACUGAAGUGCCUAAAACCACCAAUUUCAGGGAGAUGGUACCAAGAUAUACUGGAGUGCCUACGAAGGAAGUACAGGAAAAGAGAAGAAUGGCCGAAUUACCCCGUGUUGGCUCUCUCGAUUUAGCUUGAUUCUAGCCAUUGAUGGGAUUCUCCAACUUAAUUCUAUGUUUGAUAUCAUAGAAAUACAGCCAUCUUGUCUUUCAACGUGGUUUUAGGGUUCUUGAAUUCGAGUUCUGAAAAACACGCUUCUGCUGAGCCCAUUAAUCAUUCAUCCAGCUUUCACGGGGAGAGACAAGUUAGAACUUAAAAAUAAUGGUUGGGUAUUUUUCUACCAGCUUAAACUUUUGAAAUACUUGGUAAUCCAAUGCAACUUGGUUUUAAUUCGAGCAUCA